AUGAAUCAGCAGCUUCCCGAUUUAUACCCACCAGGAACGGCACUGACAGUUGGUUCUCACCAAGCACGCAUCAUCAAAUACUUGACGAGUGGUGGCUUUGCACAUAUAUAUUCUACCGAGAUCUCACCACCCGAUCCCAAAACUUCAGACAGCAUAGCAUGCUUGAAAAGAGUUGUGGUGCCGGACAAGCCAAGUCUGAAUGUUCUUCGAGCAGAAGUGGACGCCAUGAAGCUUCUACGUGGCAACAAACAUGUGGUCUCCUACAUUGACUCUCACGCCGCAAAGUCCAUUGCUCAGGACGGUUUUUACGAAGUAUUCCUGCUUAUGGAGUACUGCACUGGUGGCGGGCUAAUAGACUUCAUGAACACUAGGCUGCAAAACCGCUUUCAAGAGGCGGAGGUGUUGAAAAUAAUGAGUGAUAUAUCACAAGGCAUUGCGGCAAUGCACGCACUGCUGCCGCCACUUAUCCACAGAGACAUUAAGAUCGAAAAUGUGUUGAUAUCUGGCGACGGAACAUUCAAAGUGUGCGAUUUUGGCUCGGUAUGCGGAAACAUUAGGCCGCCAAAAAAUACUCAAGAAUUUAAUUAUGUUCAGCACGACAUUUUAAAGAACACUACGGCCCAGUACCGGUCUCCUGAAAUGAUCGAUCUUUCUAGAGGUUAUCCCAUAAACGAAAAGGCCGAUAUUUGGGCCUUAGGCGUAUUUUUAUACAAGCUUUGUUAUUAUACCACCCCGUUCGAAAAAGUUGGCGAAGCUGCUAUUUUGCAUUCUCAAUUCCAGUUUCCUUCAUAUCCACACUACAGUGACAAGCUCAAAAAUUUGAUAAAUGUUAUGCUAUCAGAAAAUCCGAUACAAAGACCGAACAUUUGUCAAGUACUCGAAGAGGUUUCCCGCAUUCAAGGUUCACCGUGUCCCUUACCCAAUUUCUAUUCGCUUAGAGCCAUGCAACAGCAACAAAUGCAACAGAAUAAGACUUCUGCUCUUCAUUACUCCAUUAGUCAACCAAAAAUUGAUACAACGAAGAAUGCUGUUGGGUCGUCAUCCAUCGCAAACCAAAACCUGACGAGCUUGAGGCAGUCGAAAACUUUCACAUCGGGCACUGACUCUAAUGGAUUAUACGAAGGAUAUCUUCCGACAUCGAAAAAACAAGAUACCCAGUUUAUGCCACCAAUGAAACAAGGCGAUCCUUUCAUGUCUAUCGACAGGUCAAAACUGUUGCAAGAGAAAGCCUUGCAGUCUAUGAACGUAUCUGGCGAGCGGAAAAGUCAAAUGGUCAGACCUCAAACUUUCUCGACACCAAAGAUUAUACCAUCGAGAUCUUCAGCAAGCCCGAUAAUUGCAGGACGUGGCGAUAUAUCCAAGAUAUUGAGCGCAAAUCCUACCAGUGUCGAGAGUUCCUCUAUCUACGUUCCAUCUGCAACUCAAUUUGAUAGCAGUUUGGUGCCCGUUACCCCAAAGAGGCAGGCCUCUGCCAGAUCUUUACCUUCUUUGGAAACGGAAGAGAGUUUGGAGGGUCAGCUCACUGGAGACAGCAUUGCUAAGAAAUUUGGCCAAAAAUUAAGAAGCGUUUUUACCGGCGAAAAAAGGUCCACGUCCCCAAUCAAAUCGAGACAGAAUACUGGAGAGAGUGUCAAAUCUUCGUUUGCUACUCUUCGCCGUGGUCUAUCACGAGGGAGCUUUAAAGGAGACAACACAAGUAAAAGGAACUCUUUAGAUUUAUCACUUGGAGUAUACUCGUCUACUGCACCUAAGUAUCGUGUAUCUUCAUCAGACUCGAUAGAAGAGGAACAAAACAUUCCACGGCGGUCCCACGUUAGAAGUAGUAGCAGUACAUCCAUUGUAUCUGAUCUGCACGAAUUGGAAAACGAUAAUACGGGGGCUGAUGACUAUUAUAGGUCGCGCUCACCAAUGAGAAUUAGCGCCGGUCAAGAUUCUAGAUCUUCUAUACAAAAGCGCGUACAAAAUCUCCUGAGGAACUCUGAAGAUUCGCAAGUGCAUAAAACUGCACACGGAUAUGGUCGAUAUUCCACAAUCGAGAAUAAUGAUCUUCCCUUACAGUUGACGAACGAAACUGUUAUUGAACCUUUUGAUGAGUUCAAAUUGUCAACACCUAAAUCAUUGUCUCCGACAAAAAGACAGACAAGCGUAGUGGUCACGGAGCUUGAUUCAAAGCCUAUAAGGCCCAGUGAGAAGACCGCUGGCAAAGCUGCACAUUCAAAACCGAAAAGGCCUGCCAAGCCUUCUCAUCUAAAAGGCGACAAGGUAUACAAGCGAAAAGAGUCUAACGAUGGUGAGCAUCGUAGAAAUUUCAGUGACCCCGAUAUUGAAGAACUCGAGAAGGACUUCAAAAUGAGAUUCCCCAGCGCAGUUUAA